CAUUGUUAUCUCGCGUUGGCAUAACGGUUAUGGAAAUUCCGUGUGUGGAAAAUCAAAUUCGUCAUACCGUGUAAACUAAUAACAUCGUUUCCUUCGGAUUACGAGGCUGCGGAAGUGCCGUUACCUACGCAACACCGUGAAGUUAUUAAUUCUAAUCGUGUACUGUAGAUAAUGAAAAAUAAGAACGGUUAAACCGAUUUGCGAGAAAAUGUGAAAACACACCAAAAAGAAUCAAAACUUACCAAAACUUACCAAAAAGAGAAUCAAAGGAGAAGCUCGAGAUGAUCGCGUCUGGUAUUCAUUGUAACUGCUACUUCCUACACUUGCCAGCAGAUGACCACUUGGUCGAUAACUUUCCCGCGACUACUUUGAUCCGGAUCCACUGCGGAUUGGAUGCAUAGUGAAAUGGAACUUCGAAGAAGUUUUCAAACCAUGGUAGUGUUCGAACAGUUGAAGGUUAUAAACCUUACAACUUACGGCUAAUGUUAAAACUUUAUAAAUCGAUGCCGUAUCUUUUUCUGGCAAGAUAUAUCGGAUCUAAAACGACGAUGAAAGUCCUUAACGUUGCAGAGAAAAAUGAUGCUGCAAAAAAUAUCGCCAGUUACUUGUCUCGUGGUAACUCUAGACGUAGAGAAGGGUUGUCUCCCUACAAUAAAAUUUAUGAAUUCAAUUCCAAUGUAUGGGGCCAAAAUUGUGAUAUGAUUAUGACUUCUGUGUCGGGCCACUUGUUGAAUUAUGCAUUUACAGGAGCAUAUCGUAAGUGGGAGGGUUGUCAUCCUCUAAGUUUAUUCGAUGCACCUGUCACAAAGCAAUGCAUAGAAGAAAGUUACAUAAAAAUUAAACAAACUCUAGAAAGGGAAGCGAAAAAGUGCAGUGCAUUAAUUAUUUGGACAGAUUGUGAUCGUGAAGGAGAGAAUAUUGGGUUUGAAAUUAUUCAAGUCUGUCGAGCAGUUAAAGCUAAUAUACGUGUAUAUAGAGCAAAGUUUUCUGAAAUCACACAAGUAUCUGUAAGCAGAGCGCUACAAAAUCUGUGUGAGCCAGAUGAAGCGGUCAGCAAUGCUGUUGAUGUCCGUAGUGAACUGGACCUGAGAAUAGGUGCUGCAUUUACUAGAUUUCAAACGAUGAGACUCCAAAAAGUAUUUCCCAGAAAUCUUGCUGAUAUGCUUAUCAGUUAUGGCAGUUGUCAGUUCCCAACUUUAGGAUUUGUAGUUGAAAGAUAUUUAGCUAUAGAAAGGUUCAAAUCAGAGCCAUAUUGGAAGAUAAAAGUGAUGGAUACUCGUGAUGAGAUUUCAGUGGAAUUCAGAUGGGUGAGAGGGAGAUUGUUUGAAAAAUUACCGUGCGAAAUUCUGCUGGAAACAUGUUUAGAAGAACCCAACGCCACGGUAGAAAAAGUAACAAGUAAGCCUAAGAGCAAGUGGAGACCACUACCAUUGGACACAGUUGAACUCGAGAAACAAGGAUCUAGAAAACUUCACUUAAGUGCUAAAGAAACUAUGAAAAUAGCAGAAAAAUUAUACAGUCAAGGUUUAAUUAGUUAUCCACGUACAGAAACGAAUAUAUUUCCAAAGGAAUUGAAUCUUGUGCCUUUAGUAAAUCAGCAAACUGAUAGUUCUGCUUGGGGUAGUUUCGCACAGCAAUUACUUCAGGAAGGAUUAAAUCCUCGACAAGGGAAGAAAAGUGAUCAAGCCCAUCCUCCCAUACAUCCGAUAAAAUUCAAAAAUGAUUUACAAGGUAAUGAAGCAAAAGUUUACGAAUUCGUGGUCCGACAUUUUUUGGCUUGUUUAUCUAAGAACGCAAUAGGACAAGAAACAACAGUAGAAAUUGAUAUAGCAGGCGAAAAGUUUGUUGCCAAUGGUUUACAAAUUACUGAACGAAAUUAUUUGAAUGUAUAUAUAUAUGAAAGGUGGAGCGACAAAGAAAUUCUUGUAUACCAAGAAGGACAGAUUUUUAGACCUACCAGUAUUAACAUGGUACAAGAAGAAACGUCUCCGCCGCAAUUAUUAACUGAAGCCGACUUGAUUACUUUAAUGGACAAAUUUGGUAUUGGUACAGAUGCUACACAUGCUGAACAUAUAGAUACAAUAAAAGCACGUCAAUAUGUAGGUUUGAUAGAUGGAAAACAUUUAAUGCCUGGAAAACUUGGAAUCGGAUUAGUGAUGGGAUAUGACAACAUGGGAUUCCAAAUGUCAAAACCACACUUGAGAGCCGAUUUAGAGAAGAAUCUUAAGUUAAUAUGUGAACAACAAAAGAACCCAAACGAUAUCUUACAAAGUCAAAUAAAUAAAUAUCGUGAUGUGUUUAAAAUAGCAUUGGAACGUGCGAAUUUAAUUGAUAGUGCUUUGGCUGAUUAUCUCGGGGAACAACCAAUCGGAAUUCAAGACGCACAAAUUAUUAAUCCACGUGAAGAUAUUGUUAUCUUCAAAUGUCCGAAAUGUAGUUCAAAUAUGACUCUCAAGGAUAGAAAACAAGGCAAUGGAAAAUAUAUUGGCUGUAUGGGAUUCCCAACUUGUAACAAUGUCAUAUGGUUUCCCUCAAAUGUAGAAUCUGUCGAAGUACUGGAUGACGUUUGUUCACAAUGCGCCGGAAAUAUGCGUAAGUUAAAAUUCAAGUUGACUAGAAAUGCUUUUCCACUUUUUGGUACUACGUACACAACUUGCAUCGGUGGCUGUGAUUCUUCAUUUAAUGAAAUAAUGAAUAUUAAAGAUGAGAACGUUAUGCAUGUUAGGCAAACAACAAACGAUAGUGGUUACAGUAGUACAUUCAGUGGAUCAAGAUCAUCCGUUGUUACCAAUCAACUUUCAGUAAGAAACAGUGGAGCUCAACAAUCUCGGGUUCAAAAUAGAGUAAAUUUAUCUGAAAAUAACACGUCUGUAGGGUUCGUUAGAUCUCAAAACAAUAUUAAUCAACGCAAUACUGAUAGAUCAAGAGACAAUAAUCGAAAUUCUAAGAAACGACAGGACUCGAAGAAGAAAGAUACAUGGAUCGACACAAAGCCCUUCAAUUCUUCGAGCAACAACUUUAAACAACCAGGAAUGGAGCAAGAUAAAAAAUGGUGUAAUACUGAUAAUAAUUCUGAUAUUGUGUGUCGUUGCCAUGAGAACGCGAUUCAAUUAACUGUAAGGAAAGAAGGGCCGAAUCAAGGAAGAUUAUUCUAUACAUGCGCCAAACCAAAAGGUACGGGUUGUGAUUUUUUUCUGUGGGCGGCAGACGAUGCGCAACAAAUGCAAAAUAAUUCAAAUGAAAGCACAAGCCACGUGACAGCUACAAAUAUUAAUACUAGACCAAGCACUUCCAGUUCAUGGGGAGGAAAUGAUACCUCUGGAUCGAACAGUCUUAAAUGUCACUGUAAUCAAUUAGCAAAAGAACGAACUGUUCAAAAAGACGGUCCCAACAAAGGACGACUAUUUUAUUCGUGUCCAAAACCAAUGAACGAAUCUUGCAAAUUCUUCCAAUGGUCAGACGAAACUGUUCAAAAUAAUAAUACUUCUUUCGUGGAACGAAAUAACAAACCGUCUAGAAGUAGAGGACAUGAAAAUACACAAAGGAAACCACGAGCUACCGGUGGCAAGAGAAAAUGCGGCGUUUGCGGAAUGGAAGGGCAUACAAGGAAAACUUGUCCAGAAAAUGCUAUGGAUUAAACUACUGAUACAAUGUAUCGAUAAUAUUGUAUUGUGCAAUCUUUCGAUUUUGCACUGAAGUUCCGUUUUUUUAUUCUGGAUUAUAAAUAUUUAAAACAGAGCCCUGAAAUAAACCAUUUUUUAGUUCCUUAAACACA